GACAUUUAUCACGGACGGGUGUUCAUACAGAUUGGUUCCGGGUAUUAGCAGUGUAGGGGCUAACGUUAGCUGAAGCGCAAUCUCCACUCCGCCUUCUUCGACAGAGUGGAUUAACAGAAAUUCCGGAACAGGAUGGAUGGUGAAGAAAGAACCUACGGUGGCUGUGAAGGGCCAGAUGCCAUGUAUGUGAAGUUGAUCUCUUCAGAUGGCCAUGAAUUCAUUGUGAAAAGAGAGCAUGCCUUGACAUCUGGGACUAUCAAAGCCAUGUUGAGCGGGCCAGGUCAAUUUGCUGAGAACGAAACCAAUGAAGUGAACUUCAGGGAGAUUCCAUCUCAUGUCUUGUCCAAAGUCUGCAUGUAUUUCACCUACAAGGUCCGUUACACCAACAGCUCCACAGAAAUACCUGAAUUCCCCAUUGCUCCAGAAAUCGCACUGGAACUGCUCAUGGCUGCAAACUUCUUGGAUUGCUAAAGUUACGAAGAUAAUGUAGAACCUUAAACAUUUUUAGAUUUUUUUUUUUGAAUAUUUAACUUGUUUUGCUCUGUAUACCACAUGAAACAUGAAUGACAAUAUCACCAUGAGAUUUUUUUGUUUGCCCCUGGUUUUCUAUCUUAAUUUUAUUAGUAUUAAAGGAUUUCAUUUUAAUAUAAUACAUUGAUAUGGCAGGUUGAAUCCCUUUCCCAAGAAUGUGAUAAAUGUGCCCCCAGCCCAAGAAAUCUUUCUUCACCUAUCUACCUGAAUAAAGACUUGUUCGGUGA